AUGGCAGAGAUAUCAACUUUACGAAUUGCCGUCAUUGGUGCUGGGAUAACUGGUCUCACUACUGCAAUCGCACUUCGCAAACUCCCGAAUGUGGAUGUACAGAUCUAUGAGCGCGCGACUGAGCUUCGGGAGUUGGGUCAGGCUAUUGCUAUAAAUCCUAAUGGUCUACGCACGCUCGAGAAGUUGGGAUUGCAUAAAGUGCUCUCUGAUGAGUUAGGCUAUAGAUGUCCUAGUGCAACANNGUGGUCCUCUCAAGACGGUAUUCUAGGAACAAGGAUGGGCAGAGGCAAAUACGGCAUCGUAGCCUUCCACAGUGUCAAUCCCUCUACAAACCAACACUUACUGGAGAAGACACACUGGGACGAAACAGCAGACACAGCCACACUCCGAGAACUGUACAAAGACUUUCAUCCAGUUGUGAGAGAUAUCGUUGGAGCUGUACCACACGUACGCACCUAUCCAAAUUUCUACGGUGGCUUUCUCGACUCGUAUGAGUUUGGGGGUCGCGUUGUGCUUGUGGGCGACGCAGCACACUCGCAUGGAGGGGCAUUGGCUGCAAAUGCUUCUCUGGGGAUUGAUGAUGCUUAUUGUCUGUACCUGUCUUUUAUCGAAAAGGUGUCUUCAGAUGGGCAUUUGAGCUUGACAGCAGAGGAGCUACAGCAAAUUUUGCAACGCUAUGUUGCUGUACGGAAACCGCAUUGCGAGAAAGUGCUGAGAGUGGCGCAUGCGAUGUAUGGUAUGAACAAUGAGCGAUCAUGGGGUGGAGGGGAAGCGGAGACGGACGAGCAGCUCAGGGAGAAACUGAGGAAAAGGCCAUAUGCUGAGUGGAUUCAUGAGUAUGAUGUGGAAGCUGCGUUUGAGGAUGCGGUUCUGCGUGAGUAG